AUGGUUGAACCAGGUGAUUGGCAGUUUGAAUCUAAUCCUGAUGGCUGCAAGCCUGGGGUGGUGGCGUUUGUGAUUAGUUGGCUCAGCUGCUAUCACUACUUAACAUCACCGCGGCUGGAGGAUUCAGACUUUCUGAUUGGGAUUAUCUUCACCAUUGAUUCAACAGUUCAGAAGAGCGCCUUCUGUGUAGAGAGCAUCUACACAGAGGAGCUCAAGGCUGAGCCCUCGACUGCAUUCGCAACUGGACUCCUCAGCCGAGUGGCAGAGUUCGAUGGACAGGCAGAAAAUGGGGGCAGCCGACGAAACAGGGGCAUGUCUGUUGCUGUCGGAUCACCAGGAAAGCCCAAGCCCGGCACACGAGUAACUGGUGCAGAAGGGGAGGGGUCUCCUGGGGCAAGGAAGACAGCCCCUUCAUCUGAUCAGCCCCUCAUCACACGCACCGCGGCCCUCAACACGGUUCUGCUGCUGGCGUUGCACCACCCGCUGGACACGACAGACGAGGCCCUUGCGGCGGUGCUCGGGAGCUUCAUGCACGCCCUCAGCAAGUCGCUCGACUGGACAGACUUCGUCGUCUCGGCGGUGCGGCAAGGCCCCGAGGGCCGACUGAAGACGCUGGGGAACGCGGUCGGGCAGUGCGCCAAUCUGCUGUGCAACAGCCUCCUGGGGGACGCUGCCAUCGGCAGCGGCUUCAUUUACACGUGGCUCCAGGGCCAGUCGCUCAAGCCCGGGCUGGCUCCGGCCAUUCUGUCGGGCCUCAUCACCGAGACUCAGAACGUGGAACCGGGGCAAGGCCCCGACUGCCUCAACCAGGGGCUGUGCCUGCUGCACAUGGUCCGCCAGUUCCUUUCCCUGAACGUGUACGAUGACGAUAUGCUGACGCAGCUCUCGACAGCCGUGAGCUCGCUCUACUUCUGGCCCAACCCGGUCGGCAAAUACGCUGCUGAGACGCUCCAUCUCAUUGCUCGGGAGCAAAGAUCACCGGGCACCAGCUUGCGGCGCCGUCUCGCUGCUGACAACACGGCUUUGAGCACCCGCAAGGAGACUGACGAAGGGUCAACCCACCGGCGCAAGGUCACGGUGCUCCUCAACUCGACCUGCCCGCGGGCCUCGGUUGUUGCCAACCUGCUGCAAUCGGAGCCCGGGGGUACGGGGGAGACGCCCCCGGAGCAAACGGCCGGGGUGCAGCUCCGACUGAUCGUAGGAAUGCUCCAGUCUGCGGGGAUCGACGUGUUGAACUCAGCAGAAGGCCGGGCACGCGCGAGCUUGCUUGCGAAUCUGCCCGUGGACAUGAUAGGCAAUGCCUACGAGGCCUGCGUCAACACGGCAUUUGAAGCGGAGAUGAUGUCCGACGUAAAACAGGCGGCUGCGCACCGGGCGUCGCACCUAGCUGACGUGUGGCGGCUACUUGGGGAGGACGUGGAGGCGCAGCGCAAGACUGGGGGAGGCGACCAACCGCCGGAGCAGCGGCUCAGCUGCCUUCCCAUGCAGGUCGCCGCCCUGGUUGGGAAGGACCGCCCCCGAGAGCCCGUCACUCUCGACCUCAACUCCUGCGCAAAGGCUCUUCCUCUCCAGUUCGAGGUGCUUUCCGCUGAGCCGCGGUGGCGUUCCGCUGUGACGGAUGCCGUCGAGGACGAGGUGGGGUCGACCCCGGGGCCCAUCAUCCCGUGCUACGCCCACACCGGGGCGGAGGAGACGCUGCUCGACGUCAUCAAGAAGUAUGACGUGGCGCCCAAAGGGCGGGUGUACCAGAAGCAAAGGCUAGAGCCCAUCCGCAUUGUCCUCGCGGGUGGCGACGGCAGCCUGCACUACGCAGUGGCUGCCUACGUGGGCCUGCUGUACGCGAGCAGCGACGGGGGCACUGCCGCAGGGGGCACGUCCAGCAGCGAGAUGCUGAACGCAGUCGAGUUGCGGUUCUACAUCGUCCCGUGUGGCGAGAGCAACGUGCUGGCGUCGUACCUGGCUCAGGAGGACAUUUGGUACUACGCCAACACGUACCUCCCCGUGCAGAGCCCCCUCCCCAUCAUCCCCCACGUGGGCCACAUGACCCCCGGCUCCACAACCGCGCGCGCGCCUCUCGCGCUCAACCGCCCCAGCACCCUGCAGCCCCAAAAGUCCCAGCCCUCCGUGCCUCCAUCCACGUCAUCCGUCCACUCCUUUGCCAAGCGCUCCUCUCCCCCAGCCUCGUUUCUCCAGCAGCCAACGCCCGGGGGAUCCCUUUCAGGGAGCCUAUCCAGCUCCGGGUCCGGCAUUUCUCCCCAACCGGGCGGCCCCGGCUCGCCCUUCCAGUCGAGGCCGACGUCAGUCGCCGCCUCGUUCUCCCCCGAACGUUUCCAGGGGGCACGUGGCAGCUCGCCAUUCGCCCCCAUCGCGGCGUACCCUUCGCAGCAAAGCACCGCUCCGGGGGCGGUCCCUCCAGGAGCAGCAACUCCCCGAAACGUGCAGACGGCGACCGCGGCAGUGAGCGGCAAUGCAGAAGGUGUUAAGGCGCCGGCUGAGGAGGUCGCCGAAAGCGCGCCGGCGGCCAAGCAGCCGCUGCGGUUCAGCCAGAGGCUGCCGCUGACUCGGAAGACGAAGGCGCAGGGCCGGAAGUCGACAGUGAAAGGGGCGGACGGCAGCGCGACUGCCGAAACGCCGAUUUUUCAAUUCACUAGGCAAAUAGAAAACCUGGUGCGAGAAGCGGAGGUGCCGGUGAGAGUCAGCAUCUUCAACUGCGAGGGCUGGUUCAAAAACGGCAAGAAGAACCACCACUGCACGCUGCUGUUCUUCUCCCGGGCCGAGAUCGGGCUGAGUGCAGUGGUGGCGACGCAGGGGGAAGACAAGCAGUCCGCCAGCAACUACCAGAGCGUGCCUCGGCGCGCGUCCGUCGGGCUGUCAAGCACGCAGGGCCAAGAAAGCCUGGAAACGCUCUCGAAGACGUUCAGGAUGGGAGCCGAGAUUACGCUGCAACAGGUGACGCCAUAUGGGGAGGAGAGUGACGAAGUCGUCAAGAUUGACAGCAAGGCGGUCUCUGCGAUCGUGGCCGUCAACGUGCCGCGACCGGGCGAGCAGCGGCUGGGCGCUAACCCGUGCACUGACACGCUGGAGAUGUGCCUCGUCGACGCCGAUGCGCGGAGUCGCCGCCGUUUGCGGUCUAUUGACGACCUACUGGACGGAGCGUCGUGCUAUCACUCCAACAAACUGGUCGUUGAAGCGUCCGACUUCUCCAAGCCAUUCCACGUGUUAUUAGAUGGAGAGGUGUACGGGCCGUUUUACAGGAUCCGCAUCACCCCAUGCCGAUCGCCCAAGAAUCGAAGCGAGAUUCUACGCUUUCCGGUCAUGACGUACUUGCCCAUUGUGCAAUAG